GUAUUGAUUUGGUUACGGUUUAAAAAUGUGUUUUGACAAAAUCAAUUCGUAAUCCUACGAGAUUUUAACCAGUUAUGUAUUCUUGCUAUAUUUUAUAUUUGUUUCCCGCAAUUUUAAUAGUGUUACCGGUCAAAGCUUUUGGUAAUAUAUUGUUUUCUGGAAAUAACGUUAUGUUUUAUUUUUGUUGGUGUUGUCUUUACUUAUCUAACAACAAAGAACUAUGACGCCGAGAGUCUGGUGGCAACCUGAACACCACAGACACUUUGUGGAGUUAUGCGUCGAGCACAAGGCUCAUCUACCUCGAAUGCAACAUAUACUGAAACCUUUUCAGCAAAGCACGGGCACGAGGUUCACCAUACUCCAGCUUAAGGAUCAUUGGAAUACAAUGCUCAAGAACUGGAAGAUAUGGUCAAGACUUGUUCAAUGCAGUGAUAUGAAAUGGGAUCCUCAGACGAAAACGUUUGGUGCCAGUGAUCAAGACUGGACCAACUAUUUACAGGUGAAUCCUGAGGCUAAACCGUAUCGCUGGAAGUGGCCUCCGUUGUUCCUCGAGAAACUAGAGAUUAUCUUUAAGGCGGUUAACGUAGAUGAUGAUGAAGGUACUUCAGGUAGCAGAAAAAGGAAGAGAAGUUGCGAGCAUCGUGAUAAAGAAAAUGAUACUGGAGAUGAAGCUACGCUAAGCGCAUCUAACAUCUGGCCUCGUAGGUGUGUAUGGUCGUCGUCCUCACAUGAUCUUUUUGUCGAGUUGUGUUUCCAAGAGUCAUCAAAAGGAAACAGACCAACCAGAGGUAACAAAUACUAUCCAAAGGAAACUUGGGAUAUGAUGGCUGAGACAAUCAAUCAGGAAACAGGAUCAAGCUACACACAAGCGCAGCUCAAGAGCCGCUGGGUUGUUACAAAGGAAGAGUGGAGGUUGUGGUGUAAUGCUGUUGGCAAUCCCAUCAUGAAGUGGGAUGAUAAUACAUGCAAGUUUGGAGCAACUCACGAGGACUGGGAAAACUUCUUGAAGGUUAAUCGUAAAGCUGCAAAAUUCAGAUGGAGAAAUAUCCCUCACGCUGUAAAACUAGCAACCAUCUUCAGACAUAUCCAACCCGGGAAUGCUCAACCCCGUACUUAUCGCAGGACAGUGAUCGAUCAUCAUUCUGAAGCACCACAGUUACAUGAACCAGCUCCAUCAUCAGCAGUCUACAUAAACGAGCCAGUCACAGAAGGAAGUGACCACGCUUCCUGAGCCUCAUACCGAGAAAAACCAUUGUUUUUGAAGCUCUAGCUAGUUACAGUUUAUGGCUAGUUAUUGGAUCAUAUAGCUUUAUCUCUUUAUUAAAACAUUUAUUAGAAGCCCAAAAAUAGUCUCAUAAGAU